UAUACGAGAUUAAGGGAUACGAUACCCACUACAGUACAGAGCUGUUUCCCUCUCACUCUCCUACCAAUAGUCCAAUGUCCAGCGGGUUAAACAUCCGCCAUCCGCAAGCUUAGACGACGUUUAAACAGCCACAUGCGCUAUCUAAUACGGAGAUGAGACUUCUUGGUUUCUCGAUAAGAUAAGUGAUACAUAUGUUGCUAUGGAUAACUUUUCCUUCACCCAAAAUUUCUUAUCAUUUCAUCUAAGCAUUGACCUUAGCAAAAUCCCAACAGAUCUCAAUAUGUUGAUAACUGUUUGGAGCCUCGGCAUCUCAACGUGUAUUACAUAAGCCAGAUCCCCAUCUCAUUUUCUUCCCCUUUGUCCAGCUGUCGACCAGUGCGGUAUCAAUUGCUUCACCCUAUCGCUUUGGGGCAUUUCAGCUGUUCCUGCUGCUAACUCAAUCCCUAUAAUUCGGUCGUGUCGUAUAACCCGCGGCACAAUCUACCGCCAGCAGCAGUACAUCCAGACCAAGCACUCAGCAGCUUCCAUCCAAACACAACUCGAAAAACAAGAGCAGCACAACAAAGACCCAAAAUGUCUUCCAAAUCCGCCUCCCCCCGGGGCCCCAAAGGCCUCACAAAACUGUACCUCCUAGGCUACAACGCUGCCAGCUUAGCCCUCUGGGCGACCUGCACCCUCCGCGGCUUCUACCUCCUCGCAACCAACUCCCCCGAGGACAUUCCCGCCAUCUUCAACGACAUCUACUGGCCUCUCCUGGCCACGACCCAAACACUGGCCGUCCUGGAGAUCUUCCACAGCCUACUCGGCAUCGUGCGCGCCCCCGUCACCACGACCGCGAUGCAGGUCGCGAGCCGACUGCUUCUCAUCUGGGGUGUGAUGUUCCUGUUCCACGAACAAGGUGACGGCGCAGGCAUCGUGGGGGCUCCCACGGAGACGGUGAAGGUGGGCGACUAUGCCUUCCUGGGCUGUUUGAGCGCCUGGGGUAUUACCGAGUGUAUUCGGUAUGGGUUCUUUGCCUUGCAGGUUCUGGGCGCGGGUGUGCCCGGGUGGCUGACUUGGCUGAGAUACAACACCUUCUAUGUGCUCUACCCGCUUGGCAUCACCAGUGAGUGCGUCAUGGUUGUGAAGGCGCUGGAGCCGGCUGCCGAGUUUAACCCUCUGUACCGGUGGUUCUUGAUCGUCGUUCUGGGUAUCUAUGUUCCUGGUUCUUACAUCUUGUACACGCAUAUGAUUGCCCAGAGAAAGAAGGUGCUCAAGAAGAGGGCGGAGUAGGGUCAUGACUGCAGCUGUGAGAUGUCGGUGUUGAUAUGGCGAAAGGGAUGGGUUGGUCUAGAUAAGCUUAAUUCUGCUACAAGACGCAUUGGUAAUGAUGUACUGCUGGCUACAUACUCUAUCAUGUUUUCAUUACGCGUAAUAAGUAGGGCCUGAGCUAGGUGCAUUAUAACUCCAUCAUGAUAUCUCGCACGGCUUUCGCCGCAAAUCGUUUCCGUUCGCUCUCCGGUAACUCAUCACUCAUGUCUAUACGAAUAAGCACCCAUCAGAACUAGGGGAGGAAAAGGGGGCAG